GCUCCGUGUGUGUGCCUGUAGUGCUCCCACAGCACUUUUAGUGUUUUUUUAUUUCUGUUUUUCUUCUGUUCUGUUACUAACAAACUAGCAAAAUGUUUGAUGUUUUCGGGUCCGUCAAGGGCCUUCUCAAACUCGAUACCGUCUGCAUAGACAACAAUGUUUUCAGGUUGCAUUACAAGGCAACGGUUAUCAUACUGAUCGCUUUCUCCUUAUUAGUGACGUCAAGACAAUAUAUUGGUGACCCCAUAGAUUGCAUUGUCGAUGAAAUUCCAAUGAAUGUGAUGGAUACAUACUGCUGGAUCUACUCAACGUUUACCAUCCCUAAUAGAUUAGUUGGAGUGUCCGGUAAAGACAUUGUUCAACCUGGUGUUGCAUCUCAUGUUGAUGGCAGGGAUGAAGUUAAAUACCACAAGUAUUAUCAGUGGGUGUGCUUUGUGUUGUUUUUCCAAGCUAUUUUAUUUUAUGUUCCACGUUAUCUGUGGAAAACAUGGGAAGGAGGACGCAUCAAGAUGCUGGUGUUGGACCUGAACUGCCCUGUGGUGAGCGAUGAUUGUAAAGAUGGCAGAAAGAAACUACUUGUGGACUAUUUUGUAGCCAAUUUGCGUACGCAGAACUUCUAUGCAUUCCGCUUUUUUAUAUGUGAAGCUCUAAACUUUGUGAAUGUUGUGGGUCAAAUUUAUUUCAUGGAUUUCUUCUUAGAUGGUCAAUUCUCUACUUAUGGCAGCGAUGUCAUACGAUUUACCGAGAUGGAACCAGAAGAAAGAGAAGAUCCUAUGUCAAGAGUCUUUCCUAAAGUUACAAAAUGUACGUUCCACAAAUAUGGUCCAUCAGGAACCGUGCAGAAGUUCGAUGGCUUAUGUGUUCUACCGCUGAACAUCGUCAACGAGAAAAUCUAUGUUUUCUUAUGGUUCUGGUUUGUCAUUUUGAGCAUUUUAUCAGGAAUUUCUCUGAUCUACAGAGUUGUGGUCGUUAUGGGCCCCAAAUUUAGAAAGCAUUUGCUACGCGCAAGGUCCCGUCUUGCGCCUCAAGACGAGAUCGAAACGAUAUCUGAGAAAUGUCAAAUCGGUGAUUGGUUUAUCUUAUAUCAGCUUGGCAAGAAUAUCGAUCCUCUUAUUUACAAAGAAUUAGUUAGCGAUUUAGCAGAAAGACUUAGCGGGAAGGAUCCAGUCGUUUAAUUAGAGGAAUAACAAGAAAAUGAUAUAUUUAAAUGGAAGUAGUGAUGGUGUGAUCUAGCGUGAAAGCGCAUCCGUAUAGUGUUCCGGUGUGUGUAAUGUCGACAUUUUAAUACCAUAUUGUUUGUGUUGUGCCAAGCUGUGUGAUAGUGCCGCGCGACGAUUUUCGACCCAAAAUCGAUCCAACAACGAGAUUUAAUGCGAAAUUCGAACGAAGCGUCUGUUUUGUUUAUGUUCUGCCGUUUGUAUUUUCUCCCUGCACCAUUUCCACGUGCUACGUGACGUAGAGCUGUGCCUGUGAUUACGUCACGUGAUCUCUCGACGCGCGUGUUAAGUUGAAGCGAACGCUCUCUGGCCGUUCGCUCAGAGUGCGUAAACCAGUUUCGAAUUGAGCCGCAUGAGAAAAUACAUCGUAAUGGAAUUCCAUCCAAAUCGAGGAACAAUAAGAAAUAAAAGCAACGACAACAAAUAACCACACACGAUUACGGGACCAAUUUCUUUACUUCUUUGCUUUGUAAUCAUGACGGAAGACUGUGUUUUGCCUGAACAUAUUCGCACAAUAUUCGCUAUCUAUAUAAAACAAAAGACAUGAUGCAUCAGUAUAUGAAUGGCAUAUAUUUACACGUGUAAUUCUAUAAUAUUAGAGAUAUAUACUAUUUUUAUAUAAGGUAUUUUGAUAGUUUUGUCGAAGUUGAAAUAUAUUUGAGAUAAUUAGCAACCCAUUCGUUAAAGAAUUAAAAGAGGUUAGUAUAGAAAAAAUGGUUUAUUAUACGUUUUUACACUUGAUGUAUGUCGUCAUUCAAAUGUCACGCCAGGAAAAACACAAAAAUAUAAAGAACUGAAUUUGUUUGAAAACAAACAUAACUAAUAAAUAAUUAAAACAAAAGCUCAGAUAGAGACAUAAUGCCCCAGAAGAAAAAUGAUGUGCUUUAUAUUUUUCUGCUUUUUUUGUUUUUCUUGCUGUGACUGCUGAAUGAUGACACACAUCUAGUGUCGAAACGUCUAAUAAUAUGUUUUUUCUAUAUUAACCUUUCUUAAUUUGACGAAUGUGCUGCAAAUUACCUCAAAUAGGAUAUUUUAUAAAAAAAGUCAGCAAGCCAUUUUUAAGGCGCCUUGUUUUAUAUACGAAAAAGUACAACACAGUUUUCGAGCAAUUGAAAUUCUAAAAUUGUAUAGACUGAUAUUUCCAUUCCAUUUUUGUAACUAAGCAAUACAAAACAAUCAAUCCAUUUCUAUUCUAGAGUAAGGUCAAACGCCUUUGAGUAUUCCAAUGUUUUUAUAACGAAAUUUUUAUAAAAAUUUUAUAUAUUUAUAUUGUAAUUAUAACCAGGUAUCUAAAUAUAAUGACGUAACAAUAUCAACUGCCAUAAUUGUGUAUAUUUAUAAAAAUCGAUUCGAACGCCGACGUGAGUGUUCGUGUAUAUUUUAAAUAAAUGAAAGUUACGCGGAGUUGCUUCUCUAUAUUUCUACAAUUUGCUGACGUUUUUGCUCAUA